AUGGACGGAGAGGAGAACAGAGGGGCAGCCAUGGCAGGACGUCUGUCUGCCCUCCAGGAGCAGCUGAUAUGGGCUUUGUUAGGCUCAGGACUGUCCCGGGAGGUCCUAGUUCAGGCUCUGGGGGAGUUGGAGCGCGAGAGGGCCUCGGCCAGGGGAGAGAGCGGGGACAAGGGGGGUGGCGAGAGUUCGGAAGAGGGAGAGGAGGAUUUUCCACCUCCCAUUUUCAGGGAGCUGGACAGACUUCCCCCUGAAGAAGCGGCAAGGCAGAGAGCUGAAGUGGACAGACUGCUGCAGGAGGAUCCAUGGCAUGUAGCCAAAAUGGUGAAAAGCUAUAUGCAGCAGCAUAACCUGCCUCAGAGAGAGGUGGUGGAGUCCACAGGCCUCAACCAGUCCCACCUCUCUCAACACCUCAACAAAGGCACCCCCAUGAAAAACCAGAAGAGGGCAGCACUGUACAGCUGGUACGUCAGGAAGCGGGGAGAAAUCAGCCAGCAAUUCACCAAUGCCAGCCGGGGAAUUCUAAUGGGGGAGGAGCCAGGGGAGGAAAUGAGGAAAGGCCGGAGGAACAGGUUUAAAUGGGGUCCCGCCUCCCAGCAGAUCCUCUUCCAGGCAUAUGAGCGACAGAAAAACCCCAGCAAGGAGGAGAGAGAGGGGCUGGUGGAUGAAUGCAACAGGGCAGAGUGCCUUCAGCGGGGGGUGUCCCCCUCCCAGUUGGCAGGAUUGGGCUCUAACCUGGUGACAGAGGUGCGAGUGUACAACUGGUUUGCCAACCGGCGCAAAGAGGAGGCUUUCCGCCACAAGCUGGCUCUUGACACGCCAUAUAACAGCCAAACAGGAAGCUCCUCCAGCCAUGCCUUACCCACAAGCCCCUCUCAUGGCAUGAAAUAUACCCAGCAAAUGACCAAUGAGAGCCUGGGAUCGGGCCAUCAUGUGGACCGGAGUGUGGGUGGGCGUCUAGUAGUCAGCCCUGUCCAGCUGGAGCCGAGCCACACCCUUCUGGAGACACAUCACAAAUCAGUGUCAGGAGGUGGCUCCCUCCCCCCUGUCAGCACACUGACAGCCCUACAUGGCCUGUCUGCCUCGCCAGCACCUCCCCAGGGCCUCAUCAUGGCCUCCCUGCCAAGUGUCAUGAGCCUCGGGGAGUCUUCGCUUUUCAUUGGUCUGACCUCUACUCAGCCCCAGACUGUUCCGGUCAUUAAUAACGUUGGAGGCGGUUUCACCACCCUCCAGCCAAUCUCCUUUCAGCAACAGCUCCACACCUCACACCAACAGCCAAUCACGCAGCAGUUUCCAAAUCACAUGGGACCCAGCUCCUUCAUGGCAACAAUGGCACAACUUCCAUGCCACAUGUACAGCAAAUCGGAGCUGACCCCCUACACCCCCUCCAGUCUCCUGUCCCAGGCCAUGGUCAUCACAGAUAGCAGUAGUCUCGGAACACUCACUAGCCUCACUGCAGUCCGACAGAUUCUAUCCACAGACCCUGACGACCAGACAGACCCCCCAAUUCAAGAGCCCUCUCUUCACUUACAUGCCAGCUCACCUGUGCCAGUUUCUUCUGGGAGUUUGGAACUUUACCCUCCAUCGCAGUCCAGCGAGCCCCACCCAUCACAUCUCCUUGCUUCUCCGUCAGCAGACAUUGACCCCUACCUCCCUGCACAGAUGGUGUCAACUGCACAAUAGCCACAGUAGAUUGUGGAUCUACCAUUUCACAGAACGAGGGGCAGGCCAUAAAGUGUCUAUGGCCCACUUACUGGGGAAAGUGGCUGAGUGGUAUGGGACGGCAGUAGUAGAGAGAUGCUUUGCAGAUAAAGACCCCAUUUACCAAUAACUACUACCUCGGUCUCAGUCAGCCAUCACCUACAUAGAGCCAAAUGCAUUGUGCAACAUACAAAGCCAGGAUAAAGUCACUGCCAGGAAUCUUAUCAGCAGCAGCAGUCAGACUUCUGAUUACUGUCCGAGUCUAUAUCACUGUCACACACUGUUCCACGGUCAGUACAUGUGAAAAUAAUCACUGU